AUGUCAACUAAACAAACGAGUUCGAAAAUGGAUAAAAUAGUGAAUCAAGUAUCAGUUGGUGUAAUGACAAGUGGAGGCGAUUCGCCAGGAAUGAAUAGUGCAAUUCGAGCAGUGGUUCGAGAAACAUUGAGACGAAAUUAUCGAUGUUAUUUGAUACGCGAAGGUUAUGCUGGUUUAAUUAGUGGAAAAAUUGAUGAGGCAAAUUGGUCAUCGGUGGCAAAUAUCACACAUAUUGGUGGAAGUUUUAUUGGAACAUCAAGAUGUGAUGAAUUUCGAACUUAUGAUGGUAGAAAGAAAGCAGCGAAACAAAUGUAUGAAAGACAAAUGUUUAAUUUGGUUGUGAUUGGUGGAGAUGGAAGUUUGACUGGAGCACAGAAAUUGAAAGAGGAUUGGAUGAAAAUUGGAGAAGAAUUAUUUGCAGAAGGAAAUAUUAAAUUAGAUGUGGCAAAUAAAGGAAGAGAAUUAAGAUUGGUUGGAAUUGUUGGAUCAAUUGAUAAUGAUUGUAUUGAAACUGAUAAAUCAAUUGGAUCUGAUUCUGCACUUCAUCGUAUUUGUGAAUCAAUUGAUGGUUUAGUUAUGACAGCACAAUCACAUCAAAGAAUUUUUGUGAUCGAAGUUAUGGGAAGACAUUGUGGAUAUCUUGCGCUAACUUCGGGAAUCGCGGUUGAAGCAGAUUUUGUAUUUUAUCCGGAAAUGAGUUUGGAGGAAAAUUGGGCGGAUAAAUUAUGCCAACAAUUAGAAACUGUUAGAAAGGUAGGCACGGGGAAAACAAGAUGAAUUUGACGUGAAAAUUGAGAAUUAAUCACCGGAUGGUCACGAUUCUUAUUGAUUUAAAAAAAAACAAUUUUUGCAGCUCGGAAAACGCCACAACAUAAUCAUAAUCGGCGAAGGAUGCAAAAAUGCAAAAGGUGAAAAAUUCGAUGCGAAACUCGUAAAAUCAGAAAUCGAAAAUCGAAUGACUGCUGAAGUUCGAACUGUUUCGCUGGGACAUUUGCAAAGAGGAGGAACACCAACAUUUUUAGACAGACUUCUUGGUUUGAGAAUGGGUUAUAAUGCGGUGAAAGAAUUAUUGCGAGUUGACAAAGAUGGAAAACCAUUUACUGGAUCACAAAAUAAUGCAUCAGUUAUUUGUUUGAGAGGACAUACUAUAAAACAACAAUCUUUGGAUAAAGUUUUACGAAAAGUUGAGCAAGCAAAUGACGAAAUAAAACAUGGAAAUGUUGAAAAAGCGACGAAAUUGAGAGGAACUGGUUUCUUGGAUAAAACCGAAUUUGUAGCUGUAAGUUUUCAAUAACUCACAUUUAACUAGAUUUAAAAACAAAGAAAAAUACUUUAGGUAGUCUCAAACCCGCUUAAAACUGAAAUGUCAUCAAAAUCCAAAGUGUUUGCUGUUAUUCAUGUUGGUCUCCCGGUUGCUGGAAUGAAUGCAAUAACUUUUGCUUUUACACGAAUGGCAAAUCAACAAAAUAUCGAAAUUGUUGGAAUUCAAGGAGCAUGGGAUGGUUUGAAAAACAAUGGAGUUAUUCCUUUGACUUGGAAAAGUGUUGAAGGAUGGGCUCAAGAAGGAGGAAGUUUAUUAGGAGCCAAAAGACAAUUGCCAAGUGAAUUAGAUCAAAUUGCACAAGGAUUAAAUGAUCAUAAUAUUGAUGGACUUUUGAUUGUUGGAGGAUUUACUGCAUUUGUAUCAGCUUUGAUUAUGCAUAAAAAUCGAAGCGAGUAUAGUUCUUUCAAUAUUCCGAUAGUUGUUGUACCAGCAACUGUUUCGAAUAAUUGUCCUGGGGUUAGUUUCAUUUUAAAAAAACCAACUUUCUUUUUACAAAAUGCUAUUUUGUAGACCUGUGCUUCUAUUGGAGCUGACACAGCCUUAAAUGAGAUUUGCCGCCAAGUUGACAAUAUUCGACAAAGUGCAAUCGGAAGUAAAAACAAGGUUAUGAUUAUUGAAACAAUGGGAAAAAGAUCGGGAUAUUUGGCUUCGAUGGUGGCUUUGGCGACUGGAUCAGAUUAUGCAAUAACAUAUCAAAAUGUUAUGGAUAAAGAUCAAGUUAGUCAAUUGGCGAAGAAAGUGAAGACAAAGCUUGAAGCUGGGAAAAUUGAUAAAUAUCUUAUCAUUAAAUCUGAAGACACUAUAGAAAAUGUUAGCUCGGCAUCGAUGAAAUCGAUAUUUGAACAAGAAUUUGGUGAAAAGUUUAGUGUGCGGAUUACUAAUUUGGGAUAUAGUCAAUUUGGUGGACAUCCAACAUGUUUUGAUAGACAAAUGGGUAUUCGAAUGGGUAUUCGUGCAUUUGAAGCACUUUUCAACCCGAAGAAAAUGGGAAAACGAGAUUGUUGUGUUAUUGGUAAGAAAAUUGGGGAUAGAAUAACUCUCAAUCGCGAUAUAUUUCAGGACUUAGAGGAAGUCGAUUGAAAUAUGUCCCAGUUUGCGGGUUGGAGAAGAAAGUUUGUAUGAAUCAUUUUCUACCUCUCAAAAUGUGGUGGAUCGAAACACAUUCUUUGAUCGAAAGACUAACAUGGAAACCAGAAGAUAUGGAAGAGAAAACUAUCACUACAUCAUGA